CCCUCAAAUUGAGUCUUGAGUGAGGAUCGAAGUCGGAGCUCUCACUAUCAUUCAUCCCCUUCAGCGCAUUAACACAUUUUUCUGCUAAAACCCUAAAUAGCUUCACCGCCGUUUGUUGUUCUUUCUCCGCGCCGUGUUCUCUAAAAUCUCAGGUAAUAAGAAGGAGCAAGAUGGAGCUCAGUUCAGAGGAUAACAAUCUUACGGAGAAGUUUUUGCCUCCUAUUGAGCAGGAGAGCGAUGUUGAGUUGGAGACUAAAGUUAAGAAAUAUCUUAGAGGAGAAGGUGCUAAUCUUGAGACACUGAAAGAUAAGAAACUAAAGACUCAACUUGCUUCGAGGGAGAAGUUGUAUGGGAAAUCUGCCAAAACUGCUGCUAAAAUCGAAAAGUGGCUCUUGCCUGCUGAGGCAGGUUACUUGGAGACUGAUGGUCUAGAAAAGACAUGGCGAGUCAAGCAGACAGAUAUUGCCAAUGAAGUAGAUUUACUCAGCUCAAGAAACCAAUAUGACAUUGUGCUCCCAGAUUUUGGCCCAUACAAACUUGAUUUCACUGCAAGUGGUCGGCAUAUGAUAGCUGGUGGUCGCAAAGGCCACCUCGCUCUAGUAGACAUGAUGAGUAUGAACCUAAUUAAAGAGAUUCAGGUAAAAGAAACAGUCCGUGAUGUUGCAUUCCUGCACAAUGAGCAAUUCUUUGCAGCUGCCCAGAAGAAGUAUGCUUAUAUAUAUGGGAGAGAUGGAACUGAGCUGCAUUGUUUGAAGGAACGUGGUCCAGUGGCCAGACUUCGGUUCCUAAAGAACCAUUUUCUUCUUGCAUCAGUAAACAAAUCUGGGCAGCUACAUUAUCAAGAUGUAACCUAUGGAGGCAUGGUUGCUAGUAUCAGAACAGGUAAAGGCCGAACGGAUGUAAUGGAAGUGAACCCUUACAAUGGUGUUGUUGCCUUGGGACAUUCUGGUGGAACUGUCACAAUGUGGAAACCCACUAGCCAAGCACCUCUAGUCCAGAUGCAGUGUCACCCUGGGCCAGUCUCAUCUGUCGCAUUUCAUCCAAAUGGCCACCUCAUGGCUACAUCCGGUAAAGAGCGCAAACUCAAGAUCUGGGAUUUACGUAAAUUCGAGGAAAUUCAGACUAUUCACGGUUUCCAUGCCAAAACGCUGAGUUUCAGUCAGAAAGGUUUGCUAGCAGCUGGAACUGGAUCUUUUGUUCAGAUUUUAGGAGAUUCGAGUGGUAGUUCUUCAUCACAUAACUAUAGUAGAUACAUGAACCACUCCAUGGUGAAAGGUUAUCAAAUCGAGAAGCUUAUGUUCAGACCAUAUGAGGAUGUUAUUGGGAUUGGUCACUCGAUGGGUUGGUCUAGCAUUCUAAUUCCAGGGUCUGGAGAACCCAACUUCGAUUCUUGGGUGGCUAAUCCAUUUGAAACAUCGAAACAGAGACGGGAGAAGGAAGUCCAUUUGCUUCUUGAUAAACUUCCACCUGAGACAAUCAUGCUCGAUCCUUCAAAGAUUGGUGCAAUGAAGCCAUCUAGGAGGAAAGAGAAGCCAUCAAGAGGAGAGAUAGAAGCUGAGAAGGAGGUGGCCAUAGAAGCAGCAAAGAGCACUGAGCUGAAGAAGAAGACGAAAGGAAGGAAUAAGCCGAGCAAGCGGACAAAGAAGAAGAAAGAGAUGGUGGAGAACGCAAAGCGAACAUUCCCGGAGCAAGGGCACAACAACACUGCGUCUAAAAAGAGAAGAAUCGGUGAAGAUGCUGCUGCGGAGCUACCGGCGAGUUUAAAAAGGUUUGCCAGGAAAAACUGAAUGGGGUUUCCCACCUGAGCGUUUUGAUUGUCUUUCUCCUCACUUUGCAAUUUUGUAGUAUGGGAAUCGUUUUGAUAUUGAUGUUUUGUUUUAGACAGAAUGACAGAUCAUGAACUAUGUAAUUUAUUAAUGUACGUCAAAAUGAGAUCGGAUUUUGGAGACCAAAUUAAAAGCGAA